AUGGCCAGUUCAGCUCCUGAUGGUCGGAGUGUCCUGAUCGACGCAUUCGCGGGUGCGGGUGGCAAUGCAAUUGCAUUUGCGCGGUCCGGCAAAUGGAAACGCAUCUAUGCGAUUGAGAAAAAUCCGUCUGUUCUGCUUUGUGCGAAACAUAAUGCAAAGAUCUACGGGGUUGCAGACAAAAUUACCUGGUUUGAAGGUGAUUGUUUCGAGAUUAUAAAGAACCAACUGAAGGACUUGGCCCCGUACAGUGUGGUAUUCGCCAGUCCUCCAUGGGGCGGGCCCGGAUACCGUUCAGACAAAAUAUUCAAUCUGCGAACAAUGGAGCCUUACUCCUUGGCCACUCUCUACCAGGAAUAUUCGGCAUUCUCCGAGCAUAUCGUUCUGUUCUUACCACGGACGUCGGAUCUCCGGCAGUUGGCGAAAGUGGUCAAAGACGGGCAUAAGGCGACGGUGAUGCAUUACUGCAUGGACGGUGCAAGUAAGGCGUUGUGUAUCUUUUACGGCGGGUUUAAUUUGGGAUGA